AUGUCAGCCAGCCACAUCCGGCUCAGGGAACGCUUCGCAACUGAGGGGCUCAACCUAGACACACAGAGAGUCUUACGCAACCAGGAAGAGGCUCACACUGCAGACACCACCUCUUAUCAGAAGCUCUACAACGAGCUGAGCAUAUGUUACCAGGCGCUCAAGUCCAACGAGGGCCGGCUCUGCCAGAGUCACGUCGCCCUGACAACCCAGCUGGGCCAGAAGGAACAGCAGAUUGUGCAGCUCCAAGGUCGGCUACAGCAACAGCAGCAGCAACAACAACAACAGACACACAAUCAGCAGCAGCCUCCACAGACCAUGGCCCCAGCCGGUCCCCUAGCCAGGCAGACCAACUCGAAACACUUUGAGGAGCAGACUCUGUAUGACUCUCCAGAUCAGGAGCCCAGUGGAGAGGAGGAUGCCCCAGCCUCAACCUCAACCUGUAGCCCAGCCCCAGAGGAGCCCCCGGGGGCCCCAGGCACACCGCUGGCCCUCAGCCCCUCCAGGGGCCAACGCACUGGGAGACGGCAGAGUGCACCGGUGCAGCGGUCCAGGUCCUUGUCCUUGGCGAGCAGCGUGGAGACGGAAAGAAAAGUGGAAAAGAGGAUUCAUGACCUAGAGGAGCUGCUCAGACUGAAGACCGAGGAAAAUGAGGAGCUGCGGAGGGCCCAUGAGAAACGCCACGAGCGCCUGCGUCUCGUCCAGACCAACUACAGGACGGUCAAAGAGCAGCUCAGAGAGGUGGAGGACGCACAGGGCCUGCCCAGGGGCAGGGCCCAGCAGCGGGCAGAGCCGUGGCAGCUCCGUCAGGAGAACAGCGAUGCGGUGUGGAAUGAGCUGGCCUACUUCAAACGCCUCAACAAGAAGCUCACUACACACAAGACUAACCUAGAGGAGGAGCUGGAUGUGUUGCGGGUCCAGGCUGCUAUGGACCGGGCCACUGUACAGGAGCUGAGGAUGUGUCUUCAGAACGAACAACAAGAGCUUCUUCACAAAGUGGCAGCCGAGCCGGAGGUCAAGAGUAGCACUCCCAAAAAGCCCUCUGCCGAGAGAGUGGAGCAGUCGCUGAAGAAGAUAGAACAGUUGGAGAGGAGGACGGUGUCCAUGGAGCAGGAGACCGAGGAGGCUGAGGGAGGACCACCAGGACUCCUCCAGGAGGCCAACCCAGCUCUAACCCAGGACAACGAGCACCUCCAGGCCUCCCUUGGCCCACCUCCGCACUCCAAGGGGCUGCCCGGCGAUGGGCGGCUCCUGCCCAGGCACCGCCCAGGGGAGAGAGAACACCGCGUGCCGAGGCCCCGGGCCCUGGAGAUCCAGCUGGAGGGGGCCAGGAAGGAAGGCCGGACGCACCCGGCAGCAGCUGCUCCAGCUCAGGCAGGAGCUGGGCAACCUGAGGGCGGCCAGGGACUCAACAGGAGCCAGAGAGGACCAGGCUAA